AUGGAAGAUCGCACGCCCGCCGCGGGUAAAGCGAAGCCGUCGCCCGACACGUCGCGCCGCAGCAGCACCUAUGGCACCGGCAGCGACACGCCCACCCAGAGCGCGACGCCCAGCGACUCGGCGCGCCGACGGCCGCAAGCUGCCAUGCAGCCCUCUGGCUACGGCUCCAUCACGUCCGGCAUCGAGCGCCGCCAGCAGGCCGCAGCGACGGCGCACGAAAGCUUGACCAAGCCCAAGAAGCCGCCCAUGAGCCGGCGCGCUACGUCGUCGAAAUGGCCGCAGAAGGGGCAGGAGUUCAGUGUCGACGACGCCGAAGAGGAGGUGGAGCUGGACCAGGCCCAGCAGGACCAGCAGAAGAAGCAGCGACAGACACUGCGCCGCAAGCCCUCGACCGUCCGCCGCCGCACCGCCGCGCCCCCGCCCAACCUAGCCACCAUCGACUCGACCGAAGACGACGAGGUCGAGCAGGAGAACGCCGGCCCUCCGACCGGCGCCGAUGCAGACGCGACGCCCUCGUCCAGCGAGGAGACGGUACAAGCAGAGGAGGAGGAGAGCGGAGGCGGCGAUGAAGACGACGACCUGAGCGACGCCGAGAGCUUCACGCUGCGCGACCGCCAGGAUGCCAUCAACGUCACACAUCCCUUCGGUAUCAGGAUCUGGAAGCCCGCGCUUUACAAGAAGGGUCGUUCGGUCCAGCGCAACGCUGAAGAAGACAUCCACUCGUCGCCAGGCCUCUUUGUCAGCCGAUGGCUGCUUCUCUUCAAUCUCGUAUGGACCCUCGUAUUCGGAUGGUGGCUAGCUGCUGUUGCUACGGUGGGUGGUCUGCUGUGCGCGCUCCUGGGCUUCAACGAAAGCUGCAAGGAGUACUCCCAUUUGCUUUUCGCCCUGGCCGGCUACCUCUUCUACCCCUUCGGCAAGUACGUCAAGCUCAUGCAGGAUGAGGCCUACAUAGAAGAGGACGAGGGCGAGGGUCGCAGCAUCAGCGAGUACGAGCAGUGGCAGAGCGGCGAUAUCGAAGAAGGACGCCUUUUCUUUGGCCCAACCACCGGAACAAGCUCCUUGAUCGGCCGCCGACGCAACAGCGUAGAUUCAGCAGGUGGAGAGACGACAAGCCUCCUCGGCAGAGAUGGACGAGCCAAUGUCAACCACACCGACACCGCCAACACUAAGAGGAGGCUUUUUGGCCGUGGCAAGUGGAAUCUUGGCCGCGUCGUCUUCUUCUUGUUCUUCUACGGCUUCCUCACACCCUCGCUGUUCCUCGUCUCAGCUCUGUGCUGGUUCCUCGUCUUCACCAUUCCCAUGGGCAAGACUACCCUGCUGCUGUUCGACCAUCUGCGACGCCAUCCCCUGGCGCUCUCGUUCCACUCCGACAACGGCAACGUGCGCCGCCCCGGAGAAUCGUCCUCGAUCCUGCUCUGUACCUACCGCGCAGUCGGCAUCAAGUACUGGAAGUACACUAUUGACGGAACCAACAUCUUCCUCAUCAACCUUCUGGGCCUGGUCGCCUUCACCAUCUUCGACUACUUCGUCUUGGCCGAAGCUUUGGAGAUGAAGUUCUGGCUGACUGACCAGUUCUUGUUGUUCUCCCUAGCACUGCUGUCAAUUAUUCCGUUGGCAUACUUCAUUGGUCAGGCUGUAGCUUCCAUCUCAGCUCAGUCCUCCAUGGGUGUUGGCGCUACUAUCAACGCUUUCUUCUCUACUGUCGUCGAAGUCUUCCUGUACUGCGUAGCCCUCAAACAAGGCAAAGCUCAACUCGUCGAGGGUAGUAUCAUCGGCAGUAUCUUUGCAGGUAUUCUGUUCCUACCAGGCCUGUCCAUGUGCUUUGGUGCUCUCAAGCGUAAGACUCAGCGUUUCAAUGUGCGAUCCGCUGGUGUCACUUCCACCAUGCUGCUAUUCGCCGUCAUUGGCGCUUUCGGUCCGACAUUGUUCUACCAGAUCUACGGAAGCCAUGAACUCAACUGCCACUCAUGCGUGCACUCCAAUCACCACGUUCCCCUUGAGCGAGACUGCCGUAGAUGUUACUACUCACAAACACCAGCACUCAAUGAUCGCUUCUACAACGAAGCUGUCAAGCCUUACACCUGGUUCGCGGCUGCUCUCCUGUUCUUCUCCUACAUCAUUGGUCUUCUCUUCACCCUUCGUACCCAUGCUGCGACAAUUUGGACGGAGCCAGAUGCUCAAGAGAAGAAGCUACUCGAGAUGAGCGCCAGCAGUCUCAGUCAAAGCGGCCACAUGGACUUCCCACAUGCUUCUUUCGUCAGGCAAGCGACAGGAAACUCCAUAUCUCGUGCGCACAUACGCGACAGCCAGCUGUACAAACGUAUGGUUAGCCAGACUUUGCAAGAAGUUGGUCUUGGACCUGAACACACUGCAUCAGACACCGGUCGGCCUGGAUCCAAAUCGGAUAGCAACACACCGCACAUGGUACCGCCAAAAGAGAGCGACGCUGUCUCGCACCACUCUUUCCACGUUGAGGGACUUACAGAUGAUGCUGCAGAGUCGCUUGCGCGACAAAUCACCGAGAUCGCGGCAACGACGACCGCUUUGGCGACCCGUGACGUUACCAGGGCUCCACGCAAGGCAGCGCAACUCGCCCAUACAUCUACCAAAGCGCAUGCAGAACGCCCCGCUCACACGCGAACAAACACAGAAGCUGCACCCGAGGAGCUUGAUACAGCGACUGGGCAUGCCUCUGGUGGGCACGAUGCACCAAACUGGAGCCGUCAAAAGAGUGCUGCUAUCCUGCUGACUGCGACUGUCGCAUAUGCCAUCAUUGCGGAGAUUCUCGUCAAUACCGUUGAUGGUGUUCUCGAGGGCUCUGACAUCGACGAAAAGUUCUUGGGUAUCACACUCUUCGCAUUGGUUCCCAACACGACCGAAUUCCUCAACGCCAUCUCGUUUGCCAUGAACGGCAACAUUGCACUUUCCAUGGAGAUUGGUUCCGCAUACGCUCUCCAAGUGUGUCUCCUCCAGAUUCCGGCUUUGGUGUUUUACAGUGCCAUCCACACUGGGUACAUUCCCGCUCAGGACGUUGCCAGCCAGACGUUCACUCUCAUCUUCCCGCAGUGGGACAUGGUUACCGUCAUCCUCUGCGUCUUUCUCUUGUCGUACAUGUACGGCGAGGGUAAGAGCAACUACUUCAAGGGCUCUAUUCUUAUCUUGUCGUAUCUUGUCGUCAUUGCCGGCUUCUACCUUUCCGGAUUCAACGACUUCCAGAAGAUGGGCGUCGAUCCGAUGGACACGCUGGCGCUUGGGGCUUUGGUCGAGCAGCAGGUGCAGUCUAUGACAUUCAAGACACCUGGAAGAGGUCGCAGUGGCGUGGCGUACUGA